AUGGACAAUCAUCGCCAGCCCUACGACGACGGUAGCCAGCAAGUCAACAAUCCUUCUUUCGACGACGACAUCGAAUUUUUCCAGCAAGUCGAUGAUUGGAGCAGCCUGGGAAGCUUCGAUUUCUCCGCACCGCCCGAUUUCCCCACGUGGCUAGAGGACCUCAAGAAAGAAAUGGCACAAGACUCCGACUUGGACAAUGUGGCUUUCAUGGAGCCGCUGAUCACCUUUGAUGCUCCGAACCAGACUUUGCAUCCGGAGAAUUUUGCCCCGAAAGAAAUCCGUUUCCCCAUAGACGAUCCCGCGUGGUGGGAGUCGGACAACGCCUGUCGAGAUGGCCAAGGUCCGCCAACUUUGGAUAGCCACCACGUCAACGAAACGCAGCCCCAGCAGUUUCCUGGCCCCUGGACGUACACUGACCCCCAGAUGGAAUGCCUUGAGGCCAAUCGACUAUUCAUUAUAAACCAGUACUGUUUAGGCCAAGGAGAACACUUUCCGCAAGGACAUGAAGCCACAACGACGAUUGCGGAUGCGCUGCCUCCUUGCGACCAGGACAACCAGCGCAGUACAUGCUACAGCCCAUCGACCGUCGGGGGUGAAUCCAUGAAUCCCCCUUCUGGGCCCCCUUCUGAUACCCCUUCUGCGGGACCUUCCCGCCGACCCAAGCGCAAAGCGUCUUUUGAUCUCAACGAGGUGCCGCAAGCCAUCAAUCGGUUGAAGAAGCCCAAGAUCUACCAUGGCCACAAAGACCCCAAAUCCGAUACACUGCUCCAGCACAUCAACGCGGGCGUCGUGCCCAACCCGUGCCCCGUCACUUUCGAGUCUCCCGCCGACUUCAACGCCAACCUGGCCCGUCUGCAGGAGAUGUACUGGAAGCGCACGCAGGAAUGCAGCUUCCCCUGCGGCGCCCUCGACGACGACCGUAACGCAGACAAGACGUUUCCCCAGUCGGAAGAGGACUACAUCCACUACGUGGGCCUCAUCAAAAACGCCAUCCUCGACUGGACGCGCUAUAUCGAGUGGAUGCAGUGCGUGCCCCGCGAGACCAAGCAGAAACGCAGCGCCGAGCUCGUGGCCAAGAUCGAGGCGCACGAGGCACUCAAGAAGAAACCCAACUCCGGCAUCCCGACGACCGCCAACGCGCUCGAGACCCCGGACCUCAUUCCCCCCGACGACAUUGUCUUGCCCCGCCUCGACGAGCAGCACAAGCACCUCCUGGGACGCGGCUGCAACGCCCUCGUGGCCGAGUGUCUGUCGUGGCAGCUCGUGCAGGCCGCCGAGAGCCACGUGUCGUUUGAGCGUCGGAUCAUUGCCGUGGCCUAUGUGUUGCGUAUCUCCAAGCAGGUCCUCAAGAGCGUCAUGACGCUGGGUGACGGGUGGAUUCGACGCGUGGCCAACAACCCUAUGGCGGAGUUGAACCAAAAGAUUGACAAUCAGCGAUGUAAUCUGAAGAAGGGUCGGGACUUUGCUCAGGCGGCGAAGCAUAGGGCGAACAAUGGCAAGGGCAAGGGCAAGGCGGAGGCUCUGGGGGAGGACGAGUAUGAGGAGGAAGAAGAGUUGUAG